AAUGUUGCCUAAAUGGAAAUCAAAACUUCAGAAUGAAAUCUGGCAGAGGUGGGUCGCACACUGCUAUUCAAAAUCAGUCCCUUUAAUGUACUGAGUGUUCUAGGUUAACAGACUGAGGAGAAAAUAUUCAGUGAACGCAGAACACACAAGGAAUUUAUCGUGGGCUCUGAGCGUGGAGUUCGACAGCGCAACUCUUCAAACCUUCUGGUUUGUCCUUCGCACACGCUAUAACCAGGGCAGAGCCAAUUAAACCAGUGACAUCACCGCACACAUAUCUUGACAUGGAGAACAAAACCGGGGACUUGAUUCAAUUUUGGAGACUUUAUAGAUGACCAGUUUAACCAGCACAUCUCUCAGGUGCACGGAAGCUGUUUUAGAAUGCAGAAAUCACCUGCAGAAGAUGCUAACGCCUUCUCGAGAUUUUUUUUCUGGUGGGCUUCACCAAUUUUGAGAAAGGGAUACAGGCAGAAAUUAGAAUUAUCAGAUGUUUAUCAGGUGCCUUCAUUUGACUCGGCUGACCAUCUUUCUGAAAGACUAGAAAGAGAAUGGGACAGAGAACUUGCAUCAUCGAAGAAAAAUCCCAAUCUUCUCAAUGCCAUUCGCCGCUGUUUCUUCUGGCCCUUUGCCUUUUAUGGAGUCCUGUUGUACUUUGGGGAAGCAUCCAAGUCUGUCCAGCCACAGCUCCUGGGCAGAAUAAUUGCAUCAUUUGAUCCCUUCUAUGAGACAGAGCGAAGUCAAGGUUAUUACAUGGCCCUGGGUCUCUCCCUGCUUUUUAUUACAAGAUCUCUUCUGCUCCAGUCUGCCAUCUUCGGCCUUCAUCACUUAGGGAUGCAGAUCAGAAUAGCUUUGUUCAGCCUUAUAUACAAAAAGACUCUAAAACUGUCAAGCCGUGUUCUCGAUAAAAUUAGUACUGGCCAGCUGGUCAGUCUGAUGUCUGCUAAUCUCAACAAAUUUGAUGAGAGCCUUGGUCUUGCCCACUUUGUGUGGAUUACCCCCUUGCAGUGCAUGCUGUUGAUGUGGUUUAUCUGGGAUCUGAUUGAAGCCUCAUCGUUCUGUGCACUGGCUUCUCUAACUCUUCUAGCCAUUGCUCAGGCCUGUCUUUCCCAUAGGAUGGAUCCGUACAGAGCUAAGAGGGCAAAGAAAAUCAGUGAAAGGCUCAAACUUACAUCCGAGAUAAUAGAAAACAUUCAUUCAGUAAAGGCCUAUGGCUGGGAGGAGAUUAUGGAAAAGAUCAUUCAAAACAUUAGACAGGAUGAGAUGCAUCUGACCCGAAAGAUUGGUUAUCUGAGGUACUUCUACAGUGCAACCUACUUCUUUUCUGCUUUUCUGGUGGUGAUCUGUGCCGUGGUGCCUUACGCUCUCAGUAAAGGGAUUACCCUGCGUAAGAUCUUCACCACCAUGUCAUACUGCAUGGUGCUCAGGAUGACCCUCACAAGGCAGUUUCCUGGCUCUGUGCAGAUGUGGUAUGACACCCUGGCCCUAAUCAACAAGAUAGAGGAUUUUCUUAAAAAAGAGGAAUACAAAGUUUUGGAUUACAAUCUCACAACAACAGAAGUUGAGUUGGUAAACGUAACAGCUUCCUGGGAUGAGGGAAUAGGGGAGCUCUUUGAGAAAAUAAAACAAGAAAACAAAGACAGUGGCAAUCCUAAUGGAGAAGCAGGUCUGUUCUUCACCAACCUCUAUGUCACACCAGUCUUGAAAAACAUCAGUUUAUAUCUAGAAAAGGGGAAGAUGUUGGCUGUUGCAGGUUCCACUGGUUCAGGAAAGAGUUCCCUCUUGAUGAUGAUAAUGGGAGAACUGGAACCAUCGGAAGGCAAAAUAAAGCACAGUGGAAGAAUAUCCUACUCCCCCCAGACGUCAUGGAUAAUUCCAGGCACUAUCAGAGAGAACAUUGUAUUUGGAUUGACCUACGAUGAAUACAGAUACACCAGUGUCAUCAAAGCCUGCCAAUUGGAAGAGGACCUGGCAUUGCUUCCAGAUAAAGACAAAACACGUCUGGGCGAAGGUGGAGUUACUCUGAGUGGCGGACAGCGUGACCGGAUUGGCUUGGCCAGAGCAGUAUAUAAAGAUGCUGAUCUAUACCUAUUGGACUCACCCUUCACCCAUUUGGAUAUUGUUACAGAGAAGGAAAUAUUUGAGAGGUGUUUGUGCAGACUUAUGGCUACUAAAACACGUGUCGUGGUCACUUCCAAACUGGAUCAUUUAAAAAGGGCUGACAAGAUCUUGCUUUUACACAAUGGCACCACCUAUUUCUACGGAACUUUCUCUGAACUUAAGUCUCAGCGACCUGACUUCACCUCUCUACUUAUAGGCCUGGAAGCCUAUGACAACAUCAACGCAGAGCGAAGAGGCUCCAUCCUUGAUGAGACUCUUCGCCGUGUCUCUGUAGAUGAUACUGCUGGAUUCCACCCUGAGCCUACCAGACAGUCCUUCAAGCAGGCCACCAUAGAUCAGACAGAGAAGAGAAGGAAGUCGUCUGUCAUCAUAAAUCCCCUGGCUGCUUCCAGAAAGUUCUCCAUCAUUCAGCCUGAAGAAAAAUCUGUGAGCGAGCUCGGGGAGCGCAGGUUCUCUUUCAUCCCUGAAAACGAGCAAGUGGAGGAAGCUCUCCCAAGGAGUAAUGUGCUGGAUCGUGGGCAGACAUUUCAUGGACAGCGGCGGCAGUCAGUUUUGGCUUUCAUCACUAACGCGCAGAGCCAAGGGCGCCGAGAACAUUUGACCUCUUCCUUUGCCAGAAAACUGUCCAUAACCCCUCAAUGCGAUCUGGCUUCUGAGUUAGACAUUUAUGCCCGGCGGCUUUCAAAGGACAGCAUUUAUGAAAUAAAUGAAGAUGUUGAUGAAGAAGAUAUGGAGGAAUGUUUUGCUGAUGAACGUGAAAAUGUCUUUGAAACUACCUCAUGGAGCACAUGCUUCAGAUACAUGAUGACUAACAAAAGCUUGGUUUAUGUCCUUAUUUUUAUUGUUUUUGUUUUUAUAUUUGAGGCGGGUGGGUCCUUGGUUGGAUAUUAUUUCAUUAAAGACAUCUUGAUUAAUGACACUAAUUCUCAACCCGGGAACUCUUCAUCUCCUGGAACACACUACGCGGUGAUAGCCACACCAACCAGCUCUUACUACAUCUUUUAUAUCUGGGUGGCCACUUCUGAGACCGUGUUUGCAAUGGGAUUCUGCAGAGGAAUUCCCCUGAUUCACACCCUGCUGACGAUCUCCAAAAGGCUCCAUGAACAAAUGCUGAGCUCGGUCCUGAGAGCUCCAAUGGCUAUCUUGAAUACAAUGAAAACAGGCCGAAUUAUGAACAGGUUUACCAAGGACUUGGCUGUUAUAGAUGACAUGCUGCCUCUGAUCCUCUUUGAUUUUGUGCAGCUGGUGCUGAUUGUUGUGGGAGCCAUAUUUGUGGUUUCUAUAAUCCAGCCCUACAUCUUCAUAUCUGCUGUUCCCCUCAUUUUAAUUUUUGUCUUGCUGAGGAAAUACUUCCUACGGACAGGGCAGCAGCUGAAACAACUUGAAGCUGAAGCUCGGACCCCAAUUUUUUCACAUCUCAUCAUUUCCCUGAAAGGACUCUGGACGAUAAGGGCUUUUGGACGCCAGUCUUACUUUGAAGCUCUCUUUCACAAGGCCCUGAAUGUGCACACUGCCAACUGGUUCCUCUACCUGUCCACACUGCGAUGGUUCCUCUUCCGAAUAGACAUGGUCUUUGUCUUUUUCUUCUCCGCUGUCGCCUUCAUCGCUGUGGCAACAAACCGUGAUAAACCAGGGGAAAUUGGAAUAAUUAUUGCAAUGGCCAUGCUGCUUAUGGGCACAUUUCAAUGGACAGUAAUCACCAGUAUAACUGUAGACAGUCUGAUGCGUUCUGUCAACAGAGUAUUCAAAUUCAUCGACUUGCCUUCUGAGGAACACAAAUCCAGCAAAAGGGGAAAGAAAGCUGCAGACCUGGUCAUUGAGAAUGUGCAUGCAAACGAUGACGACUGGCCUUCUAGAGGUCACAUGAAGGUCAGCAACCUCACUGUCCGCUACACUGAAGGAGGGAGAGCUGUCCUUCAGAACCUCUCGUUUUCCGUUAACAGAGGCGAAAGGGUUGGGGUGUUGGGGAGGACAGGGUCAGGAAAGAGCACACUGCUGUCCGCUCUGCUACGCUUGGCUUCUACUGAGGGUGAUAUCACCAUCGAUGGUGUCUCCUGGAAUACAGUCCCCCUGCAGAGGUGGAGAAAAGCAUUCGGGGUUGUCCCACAGAAAAUUUUUAUAUUAUCUGGGACAUUUCGGAUGAAUCUGGAUCCAUAUGGGCGAUGGAGUGAUGAGGAACUCUGGAGAGUCACAGAAGAGGUUGGCCUCAAAUCUGUCAUUGAACAGUUUCCAGAUAAACUGGAUUUUCAGCUUGUGGAUGGAGGCUAUGUCCUUAGCAAUGGAUACAAGCAGCUGAUGUGCCUAGCGCGCUCAAUCCUCAGCAAAGCCAAAAUCCUCCUACUGGAUGAGCCCAGCGCACACCUGGACCCCAUAACUCUACAGGUUCUGAAGAAGACAUUAAAGCAUUCCUUUUCCAACUGCACAGUCAUGCUGUCAGAGCACAGAGUAGAACCCCUUAUGGAAUGCCAGUCGUUCCUGAUGAUAGAAGGCAGCUCGGUGAAGCCGUAUGAUUCCAUUCAGAAGCUGCUGAAUGAGACCACUCAGCUGAAGCAAGCGAUAAGCAAUGCUGAACGGAUGAAGCUGUUCCCAUUGCACCGCAGAAACUCCAGCAAACGCAAGUCCAAGCCCAAGAUCACAGCCUUACAGGAGGAAGCAGAAGAUGAAGUGCAAGACACCAGAUUGUAACAUAAGAGCCACUGACUAUGUUCACAACGUCAAAGGCCUUUUCUCACUGCAAAGAUACAGACUUCUUUUUUUAUCCUGAUGCACUAGAUACUGUGCAUUUAAAGAGGGCAUUUUUUGUCUAUUUUUUUAAACGUUUUUGAACUGAUCCCUGGUUUGGAAAAGAACAUUGUUCCAUUUUUUCACAUUCAUUUCUUUUUGUUACAUUUAUUGCAGUACAUAUAUGUACUUCUUUUUAUUGGAACCUUUUGUAAUGAAAGCAACAAAAUGUCUGAAAUUUCUUAAUUAACCUCAAAUACCAUAAUUUUACUUAGAAAUGCACUUUAUACAAUGAUUUAGUCAUCAUAUUAUUUUCAAAAUAAAAGUGAAAAACAAUUGUCUAUUUCUAAAGUGAUUUAAGAAAGUUUAUUUUAGUUUCUAAGACUUUCGAAAUGUAUUGUUUUGAAUUUUAAAACUAUAAUUUUAUAUAUAUUUUUAUUAUAUACUUUAGCCAAACAGAAAUUAGACUAAACAGCUAUUUACUGCCAUUAUGGAAAUAUACUCCACUGCCUAACUUUAACAUUUUAUAAGAAGUGUUGAAAAAAUGAAUUCAACUGAUCAUUUUCCUUAAGUAUUACUACUAGAAUGGUUCCUCAGUGAGCUGAAGAAUACAGAUUUUACUUAUGAAUUAAUUGUGCAGUAAAGCAGACACGCAUAGUCUGGAACAAAAGAUCCAAUUAAUGGUACAGAUACUGUAACAAUAAGCAGAACACUUUUUAAAACUCCUGGUAACUGGUAUAGUACAUUUCAAGUACAGUAAUCCCUCUUUAUACAGGAUUAAUUUUCUCUAAGGUGAAAAUGUAUAAUGUAUAAUGGAAAUUAAAUUCCCAUUACUUCCCAUGUUAUAAUCUCUGAUUCAUUCCAGAACUAAAAAAUGUUCGCCUUAAUACUUUACAGAAUUAUAUCAUAGUGUGAAAACAAUACAAUUUCUAGUUAAUCAUAAACGCAAUUUUGCAUAAUCAAUAAAUAGAAAUGCUAAUAAUAGGAAACCAAUAAGACUCCUGCUCACUUACAGUAUAGUAGUUACACUGUUAUAGCCGUUAACAAAUGAAUAAACAUUAGGUAAUAUCCUGUACUAUAUGCACUUAACACACACACCAGCCUUUAUAAUAAAAACGUUGAAAUGUAAAAUGUAAAAAAACAACAAGUAAAUUCCUCAUCUGCGGAGAUGCUAGAAAAGAAGAAUCUGAUCAUUAAAUGAAAAAACAGAUAUGCGUUACUGUUUUAUAAAUGAAAACCCAUGUAGCAGUUGCUCUGAGGGAUUACUGUACAGUAUAUAUAUUAUGGAGGAAAUCUGGAUUAAAUUAAAUAUGUUGUAUUCACAUGAAAAUGAAAACACUGUAUGUACAGUAUAUGUAUAUACUGUAUAAUCAUGCUAAAUAAAACUAUAAGACCUUACUGUGAAACUGGGAACUCAUGCAACAUCAGAAAGCAUCCACCAGAAAUCCGUCAGGUAGAUGUGGGUAAUUAAAAUGUUUAUUAUGGCUUACAGUUGAAAGAAAAUGUCCUGUGUUUGCAAUUUACGUUACUUAUUGCCACAUUCCAUUCACUUUGAAACAAGUGAAAAUUGAUGAACCCAAUUCUCCAUAUUACAAACAUAUGUACAGUACAAGUAUACUGUCUUUACUGUACAAGUAUAAUUUCACUGACACCAAGCUCUAUACCAUAUAGGUUUCUAAAUAUCUUAUUUACACAUAUUUGGUAAAACCCUGAUUAAUAAUAACAGUAUUUAAAACAAUCUUGCAACUAUUUAAACAUAGAACACUUUAUAUCUGAAAAUAUUUCAAUAGCAAAAAUUGCAGUUCUGUCGCUUUGAUCCAAAAUGUUUUUCACCUGAAAGGCAAAAGCUGGUUAAGCACUUUUUUAUAUUCAAUACUGUUUUUUACAAUAAACUAUGGUCCCCAAUACACAAUGUUAAUACAGUGUAACAAGUACCUUAACAUGUACAAAUACAAAGGCCGUAAUAAUUCUACUAUACAACAUGGAGACAAAUUAAAAACGGUCAAUAAAAAUGUUAAGAAAGUCUA